GUCCGGGCAAGAGGCGGAUGGACACGGACGUGGUCAAGCUCAUUGAGAGUAAGCAUGAGGUUACGAUCCUGGGAGGACUCAAUGAAUUUGUAGUGAAAUUUUAUGGACCACAAGGAACACCAUAUGAAGGUGGAGUUUGGAAAGUUAGAGUGGAUCUUCCUGAUAAAUACCCUUUCAAAUCUCCAUCUAUAGGAUUCAUGAAUAAAAUUUUCCAUCCCAACAUUGAUGAAGCGUCAGGAACUGUGUGUCUAGAUGUAAUUAAUCAAACUUGGACAGCUCUCUAUGAUCUUACCAAUAUAUUUGAGUCCUUCCUGCCCCAGUUGUUGGCCUAUCCCAACCCCAUAGAUCCUCUCAAUGGUGACGCUGCAGCUAUGUACCUCCAUCGACCAGAAGAAUACAAGCAGAAAAUUAAAGAGUACAUCCAGAAAUAUGCAACGGAGGAGGCACUAAAAGAGCAGGAAGAGGGCACCGGUGACAGCUCGUCGGAGAGUUCUAUGUCUGACUUUUCGGAAGAUGAGGCCCAGGAUAUGGAGUUGUAGUAGAAAAAGCACCUGCUUUUCAGAAAGACUAUUAUUUCCUAACCAUGAGAAGCAGACUAUAAUAUUCAUAUUUAAACAAAGCAAUUUUUUUAUUACUAAACAAGGUUUUUAUGAAUAAUAGCAUUGAUAUAUAUAUAUUAUAUAUCACCCUUUAGAUCUUGAUUUCUUGGUCAUUUCUCAACCUGAGGUGCAUAGCAUAUUCCCACAUUCCAUUUUGGUAGCAAUAUGCGGUCUGGAUGCAUGCAUUCAUAAGUCCAUUUGGCCAAGUCAGCCUGUGUGCUACUGAACUGUCAAAAGAAAUAGCCGCUCUGAUAGAUAGACAUGAGUAAAAAUAACAGGAAAAAGUUGCUUCUUUUAUUGAUGGUUCCAAAGAAACAUACCAAACCAACCAGCUCUUGGACGUGAAGAUAGAAUAGUGCUUUUUCAAAAUGGAAAGGAAAAAACUGGGGAGGAAAAGGCCUGCUGUGGGAGCAUUUAGAGCCAGCCACAUCAGAACUGGAGCUGCUCCUUCCUGUGUGCAUCCUAGGUGGCCCCAUUUCUGUGGAGUAACAAUAUAAAACAGGGAGCUAAUUGGAGGAUUGAAACUGAAAACAACUUUUUGACUUGGAUUUUAAGUACAUUUUUAUAUGUAGAUUCCUGCCCUUCUCACUACCCGGCCCUGCAACCACAAGUGUUUUGCUUUGGAGAACCUUUUGGAAGUGUUUUCUGAACCUGAUUCUUUUUCUUGGGGGUAGAACUUGUAAUCCAGACCUUUUUUGAGAGGACAGGACAGAAGGAGAAAAGUGACUGGGAAGAUGUUUCCUUUCAUCCAACACGUGCAGAGUCACAUCCUCACCCUUUGCUGGCCACUUUGAGACUGCCACCCUGGACUGAGAGCUUUACAUUUGAAGGAGGUUGUGGGGUUUUUGUUUCAGUUGUUUGGGGGGUUUUUUGUUUGUUUUUUUGGUGUGUGUGUGAAUUGUGCUUAGACAGGUUGCAAAUUUAAUCCUCACUUACCAAGAGAUGGCCUCCUCCUUGGACAGCUGCUCAGUGGACCAUUAGACUUGGGAAGAAGACCCUUCUGGUGGCCGUGACUCCUAGGCACUCUUUCACGUUUUGAUUUUGUUUUCCCUUCUGCUGCUGCUCUUGGCAGCAGCCUGGUCAUCAUCUGCUUGUGGGAGUGGGAAAUGGGUAUUUCAGACCCAACACACAUUCUAAAUUUAAAAUGAGUAAUAAUUGGAAUAAAUAAAGGUUCUUGUACCCAAAGUGACUCUACAUGAGAAAAACAAACACAGCUUUUUUUUCAGAGUGAGACUGAAUAAGAGGAAAGGAUUCAGAAAUAGGAUGUAGUAGAACAGGUUUUGAAGGAAGAAAAUUUUCUCUCCUGUAUAUGUCAAGAGGAAAUAAGACAGUUUAAAUGCCUGCUAAUCAGAUGUUUACUCAGCUAACCAUAUGUCCAGGUUGCUGGCAGAGUUUCUCCCAGAUCCAAGUGUUGCCUGCUGAAUUUGGAGAACUUCAGACAGUAGCUGUGUAUUCUUUUUUGCCACAACCAGUAGGACAAUAGCAGAAUUAGCCAAUCCUAAAAUCUUCUAAAGAUGAUUUUGAAUGUCCCACUGGGAUAAUUUUUCUUUCUGAUGUGUGUUUUUUAGUUUAGAAGUGCUAUAUUCCACAAGAUUUGAGUCAGUAAGGUUGGAAGAUAUCCUAUCUUUUUUAUUCAAAAAGCACAAUCAAUCUUUUCUUUGAAAAUCUAUAUAAAAUACAACUUGCUUUUAGCAUGAUUAUUUUCCUAAAUAAAAAGCAAAGAAUUUACUUAUUUUAUGUUAAUUACGGGCAUGAAGCAAAAGGUUUUCUUUUUAAAAAAAAUUAAAAGUGAGUUAUGUAGGGCUGUGGUUAGUUAACUGUACUGAGGUAUCUAUCUAGCAUUUGUGGCUUGUUGGAAGGGUAGUAUUAACUAUUUAACAUGUAAUGGUGUACUUUAACUCUUAUCUAGCACGUUGUCUUCUCAUUACUUGGGGGAGGGAGGGUCUGUCUCUGCUGGCACUGUCUAACUUGCUUCCCUGCUGAAUUAGCAGUUUGCUUGUGCUAUAACCGUUAUUUGUAGGUGCGACUUAGGGUAGGCUUAAAGUGCUGGGUGGUGAUUUGAGUUCAAACAAUAAAAAAUUGUAUUUUUUCAAUAUUGUAUAAACAAUAGUGUUCUAAUUACCUUUCAAAAAUAAUGUCCAUAUAAUAAUUGCCUUUAAUCUUGUCAAAAAAAAAAAACUAGUAGAACCAAGUUUAGGAAAGGUAUGUGAGCAGUGCCACAGCUCUGCUCCCCGACUAAAUCCAUGUUUCUCUAACCUAAAUACAUCAGCUUGCCUGCAAUCAAGAGCUCCAGCACUAGGAGUCUGGUGGUACAGAAUUUCCAAAUGAAGAUUUGUUGGGGGAGGUUGCAGGGGUUAAGAAGCAGACCUGAGCAUGGCUGCAGUGUGUGUGCACGUGUGUGUGUGUCCAUUCCAAGUCUGUGUGAUGAAGGCAGAAUUAGGCUUCUAUGUUAGCACUGGAAGCUAACGAAUUGCUACCCAAAUCACGCUGUACCCUCUCGUCCUGUGCAGGUCUGUCCUUUCUGGGCACUAACCUUGGUCCAAUGCAUGUUUUUGGCUCUGUGUGGAGCUCUUCCUCUCCACUGGGAAAUUGACUUUUGGUGAGUUGAACGGAAUCCCUUCUCACAGUAACUUUUUAUCCCUUCUCUGUGCCUAGGAGAGGUAGGAGUAGAAAGGAAGCUGGAAGAAGGCCUGGCUGUGACUGUGAGGACAUUGGGCCCCCAAUAAUAGACGGUAGAGUGAGUCUGGAGCAGGGAAUGGUAUGACAUCAAAAGCCUUUCUAGGCUGUCCCAUCAUAACACUCAGAAGAAGCGUCCAGAGCCCCUCAGAAAGGCUGAACAUUACUGCUCUUAAAGGUGGUGGUGGUGGGUCAGAGCUGCUUCUGGCAGUUUCCUUUCCCUUCCUUUCUUUAGUAGCCAUCGUUGUUGACAUCCUACCUUGUGGUUUAUCAGCGCAAGCCAUUCUUUGCCCUGUUCAAAGAACUAAGCUCAAGCUCUCGCCGAACAUCAACAAGCAGGAAGGCUGCACCACAGCAGCGUGGGAUCGCUGCCCUCCAGCAGCCCCGCACCGGGGCCUCGUGGGUUGUUUCACAGCAGCCAACCUAGACACUGGCAUUUUUGCUUUUCUGUCUUCAGUCACAUCGCCCUCCUUGAGGUUACUGUGCAGUUUCAACCAGCAUUUUAUACUAGUGAGAUAACUGUCAAAAGUUGCCAUAUCUCUCUCCAAUACCUAAUAUUUUUCUUCCACUUCAAAAGCUGUUCUGAUUGCCAACUGGCUGAUCUAAGCUCCAGAAGAGUGUCUCCCCUCGAAGGAAUUUUUUCCCUCAAAAGACUCCCUGAAGCCCUAACUGGCCUUGGCCUGGCACUUGCUUUUUAUUAGGCCUCCUAUUGGGAUGACUGAGAAUCAUGAAAGACAGAUCCUCUGCUGGCCUCCAUGGUGAAGUUGUUAGACAACCAAGUUUCCAGGAACUAGUGUUUGAUUUUAAAUGGCAUGUGACCCUCUAUGUUCUAGGGAAUCAAUUAGGAAAUUUGAAAGCCACUAACAAAAGUUAGUAAGAAUUUUAUUCAUCUCAUCAACUUCCUAACUGGGUUCAUGGCCUUGUUGACUGAAAACAAGUCAUUUCUGAUUGGGUGCAAAGACCUGCAUUUCUUUGGACUUCUGAAUCCAUGUUCAUAUUUUCUCUGGCCAGUGAAGAUCUUGGCGAUUCCAUUAGGGCCUGGAAUGGAGUGGAGGCCCCUUGGGGAAGGGGAGUUAGCCCUCAGGUGUGCAGGCUCUCCACUCACCUGAGGAAGGGCCAGGACUCAAUUCAGCAAAUACUUGUCUUGGCUGUGGGCUUGGGAAGAAAUGGCCAUUAUUUACUGAUUGUAUUUGGUACAUAUUGUGUGAUACUUGAAGAGAUAAAAGGGACUUACCAGCCCUUAAUUGAAAUCUAAGCUUUUUAUCACAUUUUUUCCUUGCCCGCCCUCCUCCCUUCCACCUUUUUCCUUGCAUUGUGAUGAUAUAGUGGGCACUUCUGUCAACAGGACAAAUGCCUCCUCUGACUAUAACCUCUUAAUAGUUGUGUAUAAUGAAAACUGUAAACUUUUUUAAAUAAAAUGUGUAUAUACCUUG